UCUUUUUUAGCAGAAGAGGGUUUCUUCGAAAUUAGAUAUGCAGUGUGUUUGAUGGAUCAUUGCCAUAAUCAUGAUCAUUGAUUUUCGUUCUGGGCCAAAUCAACCGAAAGAGUUGAAGCUUUGAGUUCUAUAAUCAUGGUGGUUUUUUUAUCAAGCGCUUGAAAACAUGCUCAAGGUUCCUGAGCAUCAGGUUGCGGGGCAUGAGGCUCGAGCCGGGGGGCUCGGACCGCUCAUAGAUGAUGAGGGUCGGUUCUACAAGCCACUUCAAGGCGAUGCUCGUGGUGAGAAAGAGGUCAAGUUCUACCAGUCCUUCUGGACCAACAAGAAGGUUCCAGGUCACAUCCGUAGAUUCUUCCCAAUGUGCCAUGGCACUGAGCUCGUCGAGGCCUCCGAUGGAACCGGCCUGCGUCCGCACCUCGUGUUGCAAGAUGUUGUUAAAGGGUACUCUAAGCCGUCGGUGAUGGAUGUUAAGAUCGGUUCCAGGACAUGGUACCCGGAUGUGUCUGAAGAAUACAUCCGGAAAUGCAUAAGGAAGGAUACAUCCACGACUUCUGUGUUAUUAGGGUUUAGGAUUUCUGGUAUGAGGGGAUACGAUCACAAAGCUUUGGAUUUUUGGAGGCCUGACAAGAAGGUUGUUCUCGGGUUCUCUGUUGAUGCUGCUAGACUGGCUCUGAGGAAGUUUGUUUCGUCGAACUCAGCUGCUAAAUGUGACCCAAAACCCGAUUGUGCUUUGGCAUCGAGGGUUUAUGGCGGUUCAGACGGGAUCUUGGCCCAACUGCUGAAGCUCAAGGCCUGGUUCGAGGAUCAAACGCUCUACCAUUUCAAUUCUUGUUCGAUUCUCUUGGUCUAUGAGAAUGAAUCGAUCCUGGAUGGAGGUGAUCCACGGGCGCAAGUUAAGCUUGUGGAUUUUGCACAUGUUCUUGAAGACAAUGGUGUCAUCGACCACAACUUCUUGGGUGGACUCUGCUCUUUUAUAAAGUGCAUCCGUGAUAUUCUUGAGAGCUCAGACGAUUGCUCCGAAACUGAAACCCCUUGUCUCGAAAACGGACACUAGAGAGUUUUUUAUACUCUGUUUGAAUAAUCCCCAGUUUCCUGUUUUUGGUGUUUCCGACAAAAAACGUUGUCCUGAUCUUCAGUUUACUUCUGUUUGAGGAAAUGUCGAAAUGUUUUGCAGAGUUCAGUGCCAACCUCUGCUACAUUGGCAGGUCACUUGAACUUCUGUUCUUUCUUCUUCAAAAAUGGAAUCGGAUCCCAGUGAUAUAGAGCUUCUUGACUAA